AUGGCAAAGGACGAUGCCCAACUCGACGUGCUGCGCAGCACCGAGGCGACGCCCAUCGCCAAGCUCAGCCCUGCCAUUCUCGACGCAGAAGCUCUCGUGAUCGAAGGCGUCAUCACCGUGACAUGGCCGUACAGCGCUGUGACCAAGUCAAUCGCCUUCAUCCUCGCCGAACGCGAUCCCCUGCAUCGACGCGACAAGGGCCAGCUCCGAGUCGAAUUCCAAGGCGCCGCAGCCAAGGCUCUUGCAGACGCACAUUUGGGAGGCGGCGAUGAGGUGCGACUGAGCUUGGACGGGGUGCGGUGGGAGGAGAACCAGGCGUGGAUGAGACGGCCGGGCACAUUGGAGUGGCAGAUGAAGUUUACCAAUCGCCUGCUGCUAAUGAUCCGCAGGGCCGAGAACCAAGAUGUGGACACAAUCAGCAUCAAUGUGGACGAUGGUGAGGGAGAUCAGGAGUCGAUAGAGCAGCCCCAGACAAUGAGUCCUUCGCCUUCGGUCGAAAUCGAGCAGACUCAUUUCGCGAAUCCCGUGCCACGAACGCCGCUUUCCGUCGUCCCAUCAAAGAGAUAUGCCUAUGAGACGCUGGGGCCUGGGGAAUAUACCUCUCCGGCAUUCAUCAAAAGAGCCAGAGUGUCGUAUGGCUCGCUUUUUGAAGGCGGUUUUGAUAUCUUUGACGAAGAAGAGCCUCCAAGGAGCGCCAAGAAGAAGAAGAAGAGAAGGUCUCUAUUCAACAUGAACCCAACCUCCUGGAGAUAUGCCAGUCGGUCACCGUCCCCCGAGGCGGAAGAGCAGCCUACCGAAGACGAAGAACAAGAUGAACCCACAAUCGCGAAUACCGAGACCAUUAUGUUGGAAGAUCGUGAAGGAGCCAAAGAAACCGAAAAGGGCGAUCAGUUACCAGCUGUCCAACCACAGCCGGUAAUGGUAGAUCACGGAUGCCAAACUAGAGAGAUGAGCUCCAGCCCAGUCAGCGGUGUUCAAAUUAUUGCCGAAUCCAAAUCAACGGGAAUAUUACUACAACCUACGCCAACCAAUCCAUGGAAACAUCCGGACAUGGGCCGCGUGCUCCAACAGCCAUCGCCGCUCUCAUUUGAAGCUCACGAUGCACGCGCUCGAGUACACGAAUCAGAACCUAUCCGCCAACCGGAAAUUCCUGCGCCGCAUAGUGGAUUUGAUAUGUCCAUGAGUAUAGACCCAAGUCUACAGUCGCAUGAAGCGGAUGUUCAUCACCACCAGCAUUCGUACAAUAUGAUGGCGGCUGAGAUGCAACCGCCUCCACUGCAAGAACAUGAAGCUCCCAGCUCCCAGACACACGAUGGGCUAGCUUGGGUAGCCGAUACAUUGGCGGCAGCAUACCAUACGAUGCCCACUCAUGAUGUGCAUGGUUUUCCACAGGGAAGCUUUGCUCGAUCAUCUUACACAUUAAGAGCUAGCCCUUCAGAUGAAACGCAUACGUUGGCAUCUGCAGGAUAUCACGGCGUGGGAAUGCAUGGAUAUGUUCAAGUGAAUGAGGCACACACUAUGCUAUCAUCGUCCUUUACGCAAAGCGGUGUUGAAAAGCCUAACCCCAGCUAUCAUGGACGCCGCGAAGAUGAUACCGAGACUGCUACAGUGACCGCUACGUUUGGCAGAGAAGGCAGGUCAAGCCCCCCGCAACAAGAUUCCAGCACAGAUGAAUCACAAGAAGAGGCAGAGGAAGAUGCUCAGCGCGGUUUCUACGACUGGAAUAGGCAAAACGGGGACCCUGAGGAAGCAUAUGAUGACGAACAGUAUGCUGACCAGGGCUCUGGCGAAGACGAAAUUAAUGAGGAUGACAUAACAGAAUCCGAACUUGAAGAAUCAGGGUCUGACGCGGACUACGAAUCGGGAUCUGAAUAUGAAUAUGAAUCAGAGUCCCGAAUUCACAAUGAAGCCGCGCAGCCGGCACUUUAUAUUCCAAGGCCAUUUAUUCCAAUCCCGAGACCCGCUCCCGCUGCUUCCAAGGAGCCAGUUGUUAUCAGCCUUUUGUCUGAUUCUGAAGAUGACGAUAGUGACAAGCCCACUGCUGCCGUACAGGCUAAGAAAGAGCAGAGCGAAGAGCCCAUACCGCCCGAGCAGUACGAGGCUAAUGAGCAGCCAAGUGAACAAGAAGACGAAGUCAUGGAUGAGGACGAAGAUGAAGACGAAGAUGACGACCAAGAUGGAUAUGAAGAUGAAGAUGAAGAGGGCGCGGGCGUGGAUGAAAGCUUGGAUGAAAAUAUGGACGAAAUCGAGGACGCAUCCGAUAUUGAAGAGGUCACCGAGAUCAAACCAGUGGUCAGCCAGUCAUCCAAGAGACCCAGCAUGGUGAGCCAGCUUGAUGGCAGUAACGAAGUCGCUCUGCUUCAACACGACGAACCAGACAGAAGUGAAAUCAGCCCCUUUGAAAUGGACCAUCCGAACUUGAUACUGUCACCUAAAUCUGACAAGCGCCGAUACGUCAAUAUAGCGGAAACUAUAGCCGAGGCCGAGGAUACGGUACUUCUCGUCAGCUCUCCGCUCGCAGACAGGACCUCGCCACAGCCUGAAUCCGUUAUCGCCAACGCCGACAACGAAGAGAUUACUACCGAUAUAGGGAUGGGCAGUAUCUCUAAAUCACGAUCACCAGAACCUAUUAAUACCGAGAAACCGACUUCCUUGGAUUCUGGAGAAUCGGCUGCUGAGCCAUCUGUGCACAAAUUAGAGAUACCAGCGGACAUGGCCGAAGUGGAAGAGACUUCGAUCCUACAAUCUACUACCAACGACGACCAGCUUAUGGAGGAUGUCGAUCCUGUUGGCUUGGAGAUACAGCCAACCAGCGCAGAAUCGAAAACGGAAGAUGAUGAUGUUGCUGAACCGGACAUGGAAAUGCAAGACGAUUUGCUAAAUCAACUCGGAAAAGAAGCUGAGAAUGUCGAGAUUGACUUGGAGAAGGAGAUCGACCAGAUCGACCAAGCCACUGAAGAAAUUUCACCAAUAACCACAGGAGAGCUUGAAGUCGUUGCAUCAUCACCGCCCCCGGUUACUCUGACUGCACUGUCUUCGAUGACACCCAUGGCUGUACCAGCUCUGGAUGAGCAAGCGGCUACAAAACAGUUAUCAAUUCCACUAGAAGCUCGGGAAGAUGACCACGAGGUUUACCAUGAUGUAGCCGAUACAGUUGUAACGGAAGAGGUGCCACUGGCUGUAGAUGAAUCAGUUAGGACGGUGGACGAAGACGUGGAUGAACCCGUUUACCACGAUGUGGAAGAAGACUUGGAAGAAGACAUACAGGAAGACGAUGCACGAGAGGAUGGAAGCGACGACAACGGCGACGAUGACGACACUGCAAUCGAGCAGCAACUCAUGGCUGAAUCCCAGCAUUAUUCUACUCCGCAGAAGGCACAUGAUGCACCGGCUCUCUCACAGCCCCUAGAGGCAAUUGAGGAAACUCAUGAAUGCAAUCAUGCUCACCAUCACCAUGCUCAUCACCACCAUGACCAUCACACAGAACAAAGCGCACAUGAACGUGGCUCUCGCAGGGCAGAGCCUGAGAUGCUAAUAACAGUGCAGUCUCUUCGAAGCCACUGCCGUGCCAAACGAGUCUCCAGUGGUAGUUCUGAUAGCUUCUUGAUUGAUCCAAACGCUUCGUUUGCCAAGGGCUCCCCUAAUAAGGCGAGUCAAUGUCUCAUUGGGGAUGAAGAAUCACUCCCGCAGCGAUCACCGCGGUCGUCGCGGUCGUCGCCACGGAGCAAGGCCGAGCCUUCAGUGGGUAAUGCGGCACUUGCCAAGUCGUCCUUCCAGGAGUCUAAAUCGCCAAAGGAAGCCGGUGCGCCGACAUCGCUGCGCGCAAGACGCGGCGUCAAGGGCCCGACUGAUGCCAGCAUCCUACUAGCCCAGGCUCUUUCAGAGCCAUCAGAGCGCAGUCCUCAGCAGCUAAACAGCCCAACAGAAUCGCUGCGUGCUAGUCGUCAUAAAUCUGAUCAGCCGGAUCCGAGCUCGCAGUUGACAGCCGAAACCAGCAAGGACUCUCAACAGCAGCUCGAGCAAGAGAAUCCGCAAGAUGCAGCUUAUGACGCGUCAGCAACUCCACGUCGGGACGUUACCCCAGAGUCAACGGCCACAGGGCACAAUCUGAGAUCGCCCCGCAAACUCGCCGCCGGCAGGCCAUCUUCUGCUACUAGCUCCGUGGCUGAGGAUGUGAGCAUCACAUCUCUGAGGCUCCAACUGACUAAGAGUCUAAGAACAAGCCUGCCGGACUACUUACCACUCAAAUUCCUGCGUGCCUCGUUGAAUAAAACGGCCGAUAUUUUAGCCGUUGUCACUGCCACUCCGCGCGAACCACACCGACCGAAGUCUGGGCCCCGAGACUACAUGCUCGAGUUGAACCUGACCGACCCCUCAGCAGCACCAACAACAGUCAUCAUUGCGCACAUCUUCCGGCCACACAAGUUUACUCUGCCUGCGGUCCAGGCCGGUGACAUUGUGCUGCUGCGUCGCGUCCAGGUGGUGUCAAUGCAAGGCAGGGGGUUCGGCGUCCGGGCCGGAGAUGCCUCGGCAUGGGCAGUCUACGAAAAAGACAGCAAGGAGAUGCUACCGCAGAUUAAGGGUCCGCCAGUAGAAAUCACAAACGAAGAGGUUGAGUAUGUACAGGGGCUGAAGAGGUGGUGGAGUCUCCAGGAUGACAAGUCGUUGGCGAAGAUCGAUAAGGCGAAUCAGCGAAUGUCACAAGGCGGCAAGGAUGAUACGAAAUGA